AGAUAUAAAUUUAGGGCUGAUCAACAUCUAUUGAAGUAUCAGUGAACAAUCCGUUUUAUUCUGUCUGGUAAUUUAUUGACGACUAUGCCAUCACAAAUCUUACAGACUAUAUGAAGUAAUAUGUCUACAAAAUCGGGCCCGAAUGCGGCCGCCGCCGAGAUGCGACGCUGAAGUGCCGCCGCGACGCGCUGUCCGCGCCGCCACGCGACCCUCUAUCGAACCCCCGACGCUGGGAGUCAACCCCGAACAACAUAGCAACGUGGCGGUGUCGUCGCGACGCACUACAUUUCGAUUUUCGCGGAUUGUAAGAGACCGCGAUUAUUCGCCGAUGGUGUUAAGACCCUGACGCGUUCGUUGAGGUGGUCAUUAUGAGACACGGAUGAAAUGCAAGAACGGGACAGGCCUCGGAUAGCCCCGAAACCGGCGAUCGCGUCGAAGCCCAAGUGCGUGCCGCCCGUAAGAGUGCAGCAGGGGGGCAGGGGGCGCGUUGGCGGAGGCGCUUCCAUCCUUAAAAAUGAGGUUAAGUCAGAGACGGUCGGAAAGGGGCGAGAGACGAAGCCGGGACAGUCGACGGCGUGCUUUACCGAGAAAUGCGACAAGAUUUAUCGCAAAACGCUAGAGGUAACACAGAAGACGCCCAAUUCGCCCAGCACCGUGUGCUGCAGUAUCUUGUCGAACGCGACCGCGGACUGCUGCGGGAUCGUCAACGCGGCCAAAAAAGAGCUGAAUAACGGAAAGAUCACGAAACUCGACUCCCUAGACUCGAACUCGUCGGAUUCGGGCGGCUUCAAGGACUUCCUGCAGUUGUCACCGGAGGAGAACGGCCAAAUGCCGCCGCACCACCAGAGAAACGUCUCCCAGCCCGAGUUUCUCACCGAGAGGAGGUUGUCGGAGUGCAGGCCGCAGUCGCACCAGCGGAAGGCGUCGCAGCCGGAUUUCGCGACCAAGACGCCCAACGCGCAGGCCCUCGCGCAGUUCCUGCCCCAGACCGAGCAGAAUAUUUUGUUGCACAGCAACAAUAAGCAGCAUGGCGCCGCGGAGAACAGACAGAGACAGCCGAAACCAUUGAUGGCGCACGGCCAGUUCCAGCAGUCGACCAAGAAACUUGAGGAACUGCUCGCCCAGCGCUUGGAGAAGGAGAAGGCUUUCAAAAAAGGCGACGACAGGUCGGCGGCGGCGGGCGUGCCCGACGGUGCCGACCAGAAGUUGCUGAUUCAGCGGCAGCUGCACCAGAAGCUGCACGCUGACCUGCAACAGACGGUGAAGCACAUUCGGGAGUUGCAGAGCACGGAGCUCAGACUGCCGCAAAAUAACAGCUGGAUCGAGAGCAACAGGAGUCAACCGGCGAUCGGUUUGAAGCACACACCGAAAUCGAGGCCUACCAUUUUCGGGACAGUGGCAUCGGAUCUAACACCCAAGGACUGCUCGAACAGGAGGAGUUUACCACAGACGCCGCAAAUCAAGAGCUUCUCGACGAUAUUCUCGGGCGACUCGAAUCAGGAAUCGUCGGCGGAUUCGGGAAUACAUCACGACAAUGCAUUGGUCUAUCGCGAUGGUAACCUUCUGAGCGGGCCGCUGGAGGCGCUGAUCCAGCACAUGGUGCCUACCGACUCCUACUAUCCGGACAGGGCCUACUUGUUCGCAUUCCUCCUCUCCGCUCGGUUAUUCAUCAAACCUCACGACCUCCUGGCACGCGUUCGGGCUCUCGGCGAGCGACAACAGGGAUUGGGGAAUCCCGUCGCGCCCAACGCCACAGGCCUCCAGGGUCAGAUGAAGUUUGCGGAUCGAUUAGUCCAGCUCCUCGCCGAAUGGACCGAGACGUUUCCCUACGAUUUCAGGGACGAGCGAAUGAUGGAACAUGUGAGGAAGAUUACGCAACAGUGUUACGCGAUUAACCCCAGUUUGAGGUCGAGCGUGUCUUCGAUGCUCCACAACCUCCACCCGCGGCUCACGGCUCUUGAGGAAUACGAGCAGUCGCUCGAAAAUCAGACAAACGCUUGUGUUGCGGAUGAGAACGCGUGCCCGGACAUGUCCGAAGUAUGUCCGAGUCCCGCGGUCCUCGCCCAACAGUUGACCCACGUCGAACUCGAACGAUUAUCCUUCAUCGGUCCCGAGGAAUUCGUUCAGGCGUUCGCGAAAGAGAAUCCGCAGCUGGAGACGUCGUUCAAAGAUAUGAAAAAGACCCGAAACCUGGAGCAGUACGUGCAGUGGUUCAACCGGCUCAGCUACUUCGUCGCCACGCAGGUGUGCAAGUACCACAAGAAGAAGCAGCGCGUAAAAACGGUCGAGUAUUGGAUAGAGGCAGGACGGGAGUGCUUCAACAUCGGCAACUUUAAUAGCCUGAUGGCGAUCAUAGCCGGUCUCAACAUGUCCCCCAUUUCGAGAUUGAAAAAGACGUGGAGCAAAAUCCAAUCGGGUAAGUUUGCCAUUUUGGAACACCAAAUGGACCCGAGCAGCAACUUCAGCAGUUACCGGAGCACCCUGAAAGCGGCGAUGUGGAGGAGCGCUGGCGCGACUGACCAGAGGCAGAGGAUUGUCAUCCCGUUUUUCAGCCUGCUCGUCAAGGACCUCUAUUUCCUCAACCAGGGCUGUUCUAGCAAACUGCCCAACGGCCACAUAAACUUCGAAAAAUUUUGGCAACUGGCCAAACAGGUGACGGAAUUCAUGGCAUGGAAACAAGUGACAUGCCCGUUCGAGAAAGACCAUAAGGUCAUUUCGCUACUCCAGCACGGUCCGGUCCUGAACGAGAACUCGUUGGCGCUCGCAAGUUUCGACUGCGAGCCGCCCGACAACAACCAGGAAAAGGAACGAUGCAAAACUUUAAAGGCGGAGGGCGGUGCUUCCAACUGACUUUUCGCGACGCCCUUUUAUCUCCCGUUUUGUACAUAGCUAAUUUUUUAAGUCGUUGUAAAUAUCGUCUUCGUCCAUUGAUUUUUAAGCUUUUCGACAGCCAUCCCCCAGUGCCGGACUCCCGAUUUUUAACUAAAGUACCUUUUGCCAUUGCUGUGGUUUAUUUCGCCAAUAUACGUCAGUGAUACCAUAAUUUUAAUUAUUAAACAGAGUCGGAUUUGGGCGCUUCUGGCCUCUUAUUACAUUGAUAUAAAUCAAAUAAAUAUCUUCGAGUUAUUUUUUUACGAAUAUUUUUGUACGUAGUGAGUACGUACACUGUUUCAUAUAGUAAGUGUAUUAAUGUGAUCGCGUCUUUGUUACUUGUGUAUUUAAUUUAGAAAAUACUCUAUAAGUAUUUAUAAUAAGGAAGCAGUUUUUAUAUACUUCUGAUAUUUUAUACCUCGGUGUUUUUAUAUACGAAAAAAAUGGAAUAUUUAUAUAAAAUGACGUACUUAAUAGAUAUAGCUAUAUAAAUAUACCUAAUUUGUAACAAUAUUCGACCAAUGUAACAGGAGUAUUUGUGCAGCACCGCAACGCUUACGAACUCACGUGUCGCACACGCGCAUGCGCCUUUAGAUAUUAACUGAACUUAAAAAGACUUAAACUCUUCAGUAUUCUAGUCAUUAGCUAAGAGUAUUGCUUACGAUGUAUCUGGAGCUGCUAACUCGUCUAAAUCGUUUAUACCCUACCGAUAAACGGCGUUUAGUGUACAAAAUAUA